AUGCUAGACUCAAACCCCAGCGUCAUUCAAUUUGGUCCAGCUGGCCAACGCAAUGUACCGCUCAUCUUGUUUCACGACGGUGGUGGUACCACCAUGUCGUAUCAUUAUCUUGGUGACCUGAAUCGUACUGUGUAUGGAAUUCAUGAUCCUCGAUUCAUACAUGGACGUCCAUGGCGAGAUGGUAUCCCAGAAAUGGCUCGAACCUACGCCAACCUGGUAAGAUCAGUUGUACCACGCGGACAAGUCAUACUAGGAGGAUGGUCCCUCGGUGGUUACCUUGCCCUGGAGACCGCCAAAGUGCUCGAAUCAGCAGACGAACACAGCCACUGUAUCGAAAUCAUUGGUAUCAUUAUGCUGGAUAGCCCUUAUCCUAACCGGGUUCCAAAUCCUCCGAAUACAAGAUUGCAGCCCAAUAGGCCCUUUCUUGAGAAAACAUGCCCCCCAGAACUGUCAAUGCUAGUGACCAGAUCCAUGAAACGUGUCGGCCAAAUGAUUGACAAAUGGUCAAUCCCAAGCUGGUGGGAGGAUAACGGAAUUCAGCCUCCACCCAUCUUCCUCUUGAGAUGCACACAGAUGGUUCCGGUGCAAAACUCGGAUGCAUCUAUGACUUCUUCCGAUUACUCUUCUGAUACCUCGAAUGAGAGCGAGGAGAGAGUUAUUGUCGCCGUUGACCGGUUUAGAGCUCAUAGACUUCUGGGAUGGGAGCUUUAUCAUGAUACUGAAUUUAUUAAAGCGGUGUUUGAUGUUCCAGGACAUCAUUUCAAUCUUUUUGCAAAAGAGAACAGAGAUACCACAACCAUGCAAUUAAAGCAAGCCUGCAAAAUGCUAGAACUGCCUUAUUACAAUAAUCGGCAGAUAAGCCGGACUCAGUAA